AAGGUUUGAUGGAGGAGCCAUAAUAAACGACAGCAAAACCACCCCGCUCUUCAGUAUUGACACGUGGCAUAGCCUGAAGGAGCUGAAGCCCCUCUAUAUCUUCUUCUACCUCAUCCCUAUCUCGCGUCUUCUCUUCCCUUCUUCCCACUCCCUUCAAUGUCGCCGCCUUCCCUCUUUCAGUCGGAAUCCAGUGGAAGAAACUGGAGAGAGAAAGAAGAAUCCGAUAUGGGAGACGGCGAGCACACGAUUUUGGAGAGGGAGGUAGCAGAUAUAAUCAUCCAUCUUCUUCACCGGCAAGAUUCCGUUUCCGUUCCUCCGAUUGAUCGCCGGAGUUCUCAAGAAAUCGGGUUGGGUUUUGGAUUCCCGAGGUGGAAUGGGAAGAGGAAGCGUUCGGUUCAUGGCUCUGCUAUUGCUCCUGUUUCUAAUGCCGGAGACGCUGUUUCAGGUUUUAGCUCUGAUGCUCUGAUUUCCUUUCCUUCCUGCAAGGAGAACGAUGAAGAUCCAGUUUCGCAGCUGAAAGCUAGGAUAGAAUCGCGUGAAUCCGGCCCUAAUUUGAUGAAGGGUGGUUUCAAAUCAGAGUUUUCUGAGUAUGAAGAGAGAGGGCUUCGUUUCUGUCCGGAGCCGAGAAGCAUCAGCGGGGGAAGGGAGUUUGUGGUUCCGGAUUUGAACAUGAGCGCCGAAGACGUGGAGGCGGCGGCGGACGACAUGCGGCGGAGGCAGGAGGAGGUUUACGUGACGGCUUGCCGGCGAAUGGCUGCUGCGGAUGCGAGGAGGAGGAGGAAGGAGCUGCAGAGAAUGAAGAACUCUAUUGCAGCUGAUGCUCCGCUCUGCUCACGGGUUAGAUGAAUCAAGCUGGUUUGACCCUUUGCGAGAACAGAAAAAAAAAAUAAACAAGAAAAAAAAAAA